CGUUCCGCAGCGCCGCUGCGGCCGCUCGCCCCGCCCCGCGGAGGGGAGUGCGCUCGGUGGCUCCGCCCAGCGCUUCCGCCCGGCGCUCGGUGCCGUGGGCGGAAGCAGCGGAGCGGCCGCGGCCCGAGGCAGGGGCUUGGGGGCUGUCCGUGAGGGGCUGGGGCUCCUCGCGGACGUUCCUGCGGUCGGCGCUGCUAUGUCGGCGCUCCCGAGGAGCUACAACCCGUUCGCGGAGGACGACGACGAGGAUGUGGCGCCGGCGGGUCCUGGCGGGGCGGGCGGCGCUGACCGGCAGCGGUUCCUGCAGCAGGAGGUGCUGCGCCGCUCCGCCGCCACUGCCGACAGCACCACCCGCUCGCUGUCGCUCCUCUACGAGUCUGAGCGCAUCGGCGUGGCCGCCUCCGAGGAGCUCAUCCGUCAGGGAGAGGCACUGAAGCGCACGGAGCAGAUGGUGGAUAAAAUGGACCAGGACUUGAAGACGAGUCAAAGGCACAUAAACAGCAUCAAGAGUGUUUGGGGGGGCUUGGUAAACUACUUCAAAGCCAAACCUCCAGAGAGCAAGCCAGAGCAGAAUGGAGCCCCUGAAUAUUAUACUAACAGCAGGUUAAAAGAAGCAAUGACGUCUAGUAAAGAACAAGAGUCAAAAUACCAGGAAAGCCAUCCAAAUUUAAGGAAGCUAGAUAAUUCAGACAAUGAUUUCAACAAAGCAGAUUUAGUUUCUUCAGUGCAAAGGGAUGCCUACCCAAAGAACCAACAAUUGCGAGCUUACCACCAGAAGAUUGAUAACAACUUAGAUGAGAUGUCUUCUGGGCUGAGUCGCCUGAAGAGCCUUGCUCUUGGCCUGCAGACUGAAAUAGAAGAGCAGGAUGACAUGUUGGAUCGGCUCACAAAGAAAGUAGAGACACUGGAUGUCAACAUCAAAAACACUGAUAGGAAAGUCCGACAACUUUAAAGGAUUUUUAGAAUUUCUUUUGUCCAGUGUUGGUUCAUCCUGAAUGCCUCAUCUCAACCGAUCUCUUAAAAAAUCUUGGGUGGUGUCUGUUUCUCUUUUUUUUCUGCUGUGUUACUGGUUUUGUUGUCAUUAAAAUUACGUAGUUUUAAGUCAGCACAAUAAUUUACAUUUCCUCUUAGUCUACACAGGAAAAGGGCAUGUGGAGUAAAAUCUCAGCAUUGGGUCAGGAUGCCCUGCUCAGUUGUGUAACUGCGUCAUGUGCGCAGAGGAAUUCGCACUCCACAGAGCUGCGGUGUCCUUGGCCUGGGAUGAGAAAAAGAACUGCAUUUUUGCCUCUGUUUUGGGGAACGGGCAGGGGGAACAGAAUGUGCUGCUUUGUUCGGAGCAAAUGUUGCUAAUUCUGUUUACCUACAGAUAUGUUAAAUUCUGAAAAAAGGCUGAUUUCCAGCUGUAAAAAUAUUUUUAAGUGACUGUUCUGUGGCAUUUCUGGAGCUUAAGGAAAGCUGUUCUGUGGAAGUUGUAAAAUAUCAAGGGUGUCAUGCAGUUAUGGUAAUAUCCUGUGUGCGUUCCCUUUCCUAAGAUGACUUUGCCCAAAUGGUGCAUCCACAAAUUGUGGUUUUUAUGUUUGGGUAACUAAAUACUAUUGCCUUUACAGUCUUGUCAGUAAAGAUCUCUAAGGGUAUCUUAUGGUCUGCAAGAAAUGUUCAUUGACAGUGACCCAAAAAGUUUGGGUAACAAAAUCAGGACUUAAAUGUAUGUGCUCUUGAAGAUUCUUCUGCAGAAAUGGUCACCAUCUGUUUUUAAUUUUCUGCUGUUUCUCAGCUUAUUCAUUUAGGUGGUUAUUUGAAAAAAUAGCUUCCAUUUUAGAAAUGGAGAGUUGAUCUGAUAGUGCACAAACAGAUUGUAGAAGAUUGUUCUUUAGCAUUUAUUUCAGAUCUGAUUAGGGAUGGAGCAGAUGCUGUGUUUUGCUAAGUAAUGUGACUGUUAAGAAACUCCAUUGUGGUUCACAUACAUCUGCAUUGGCUUAGCAGGUAUGAAAAAUUCCUGCAAAUGAGGAAAAGCCCAAAACCAUUUUUGAGUCUUCCAGCUAGAAUUUGGGCCUUUCAAUUUGUUUUGUUCUUUUGUAAGGGUCACUGUAGAACAAAAUAAUCAAAAUUCUGCUCCAGCCUGAAGACAUGACAGUGAGACAAGUGAGAACUUGCUGUCUGUCUUGAAAACAAGCAAGUUGCUCCUGUUUGGAGAGGCCAGGGGACCUGUGUCAGUGUUGGAACAUCACAAGUGACAGUGUGUGGCUAGGAAGAGAUUGUUACUUUUGAAAAUGCCACAUUGCCUUAUGAAUUAAAGACCUUGGUGUUCUGUGCUAUCAAGCUUGUCCCCUUCACAGAUGUCCCAUUCACACCCCCCUUGUUCCUUUUUCAAGGGAUUUGUUACCUUGAGCUCACUUGCCACAAGGUGCAUCCAAUUGUUAAGGAGAUAAGAGAACUUGAGACUUUCUUCUUUUACUUUGUCUCCUGAAAGUUCACUUGUAGAAAAAGAAAUCACUAAAACCACUACACUUAAUGGACAUAGUAUUGUGGAAAAAAUACUAUUCCUGGCAUUGCUAGCAGGGUUGAGUUGUGAAUUAGAUUUUAGGUGAGCCUUUGUUUCCUUUGUUACUGAUGGCAUUGAUUUCAAUCCCUCCCCAAAAAAUCUGUUUUGCAGGGACAUAAAACUUCAAGAGCUAUUAAGUACCUUUAAUUGCUUUUUAAUUUUUCAGUUUGUAUCAUUUAUGCUCAUUUAGAACUAUAAAUAGCCUAUUAAUAUUAAUGUAUCAUUUUACUGUCUGAGUUUAUACCCUGAUUAAUUCUCUUACUUUGUUAGAAUAUUUGUUAAUUAUAUGAUUUGAUGUCUCAAGACAGUUGAUACAUUUAUUUAGUAAAUUAUGCAAUUGUUAGUAUUCAUAUGUUAAGUACCUCAGUGAAGGAAGAUUGAAAUUUUUAUUAUACCUGGUUUUGUUUCUUACUUGUUUUAAUAACACUCCUUUUAGUGUGAAGUCUGCCUUCACCUGUAAGCAACUGUCACAACUCAGUGUUUUACUGCUAAGGUAAGACUCUGAUAACAAGGAUGGACACUGAGAUUUUCUUGAGUAAGGUGUGGCAAAUGGAGGAAAAAUGUCACUGGAGGACCCAGUUGUGUUAUGUGUAGCAAGAAGUCUGGAGCUUGAAUCCAAGCAAAAAUCGUUGACUUAAGGGUGAAGCGUACUGCCUUUCUGAUGUAAGUUAUUCCCUUUUUAGUCUAAAUUAUUUCACAAAAUAACUUCAAGUUUUUGAGCAAAUGUGUAGUUGUAUUGGUUUUAUGAAAUGUUCACUGCAUCCUGGAUAUCUUUGGUGCCUUUAAAAACAUGGGCAGGGAAGGGGAAUAAAAAAAUAAAUCCCUAUUUCUGCUUUGGGAAUAAAAAAUAAAUCCCUGUUUGUGCUUUGAGAAUGCCCUGAUCCAAGCAGAGUAGAAACCCAGGAUUUCAGCCAUGUGGAAUUUAUACAGAGGUCUAACUUCUCAUGUCUUCUAACAAUCCCAUUCACUGCCUCAGUAAUGUAUGCCUGCCUUUGCUUAGGUUUUCCUGCUCUCUUUAUUACUUUUGUUUUGUUUUAAUGGCCUUGUUUUAAAGGAUCAUUUCCCACACUGGAUUUCUUUUGCAGGGGGAAAAAGAUGGUGCAUGGAUAUAAAAGAAUUUCUGCUACAAACUGAAUUGCUUGUGUCUGCUUUCACACUGAUUUUUGCUGAUAACAAACAUAACUGACAUGAGGAGACACCACUAUUUUGUAAUAGUGAUGAUUUUUUUUUCUCUUGGAAUAAUUUUCCAUCCUACAGGAAAACGAAAUUUAAAGAAAAAUAACCACAUGAUUUUUGCUUUUCCAGGAAAUGCCAGUUUGCAUGUGUAAUGAAGGAUUUACUUGAGUAGCUUUACUUAGUGUUUCCUGAGAUGGCAUUUUAUUUCUUCUUGGAUACUGUUGAAAAACUUAAACUGUGUAGAGUCCAGGACUUUCAGAAGAAGUUUAAUUUGCACUUAUGUAGUAAAAUAAAUUAUUUUGCCUACAUAUUCAUGUUGGCAUAUAAGCUGGUGUUCUUGCAGCAAAACAGCUCUGGUUAAUUUUAUUGGCUUGGGUAGAAGUUUAAUAAGGUCAGAAGAAGAUGGCAAAAAAAUAUUUUAAGUAUUCUUUAUAAAAGGCAAUUUGUCAGUUUCUCAAAAAGUUUGCUAAUCAAUUUUGAAGAGAUUUUAAACACUGGGGAAGUAGUAUAUACCCUUCAUAACACAGACAAAAAAUUCUAAAAGCAGCAAGGGAAAAAAAUGGGAAUAACCAGUAUCUGAUGACUAGACUCCUAGGUGUAUUUGAAUUUUAAAUUUCCUGAGCAUUGAAUUAAAUCUUGUAACAAAUGAUAUGUGCUGAAUGUUAGUCCAUACUACACAGAUUCUGUUGCUGUGCUGGCUGUAUUGGCCCUACUGAAAUUGUUGGGACACAAUGGUGUCAGGAGUUCUUUUAAUGUGUGAAAUUCACCUGAAAUAUUUUGCAGCUUAGUAGUUUUUGUGAUGUCUUUUGUUAAAUGGUGAAAUAGAAGAUACUUUCCAACCACUCUGCCUUCUGAACAAACAGAUUUUUGUAGGCAUUUUUACAAGCAUAACAACAUAUGGAGGAUAUGUGUUAAUUUUUACUUUGAAAUACAUAGGACUUAAUUUUUAAAUCACAGGUGUGAUUUAAAAUUAUUUGUGUCUAUGGCUUUUUAAAAUAGAACUUUUAAUUCUGUGCCACCCAGGUAUAACACUUUUUGUACAAGUCAAAUUGCAUUCUCUUUUAUUUAAAUGCUAAACUGAACUGUAGUUCAGCAAUUUAAGAGAUUGAAUGGAAUGAGUGUUGAAUGGUAAGACAGUAAAUAAAAGGUGUUUGUUGUUAAUAAA